AUGGGCGCCAAUCUCAAUAGCAUGAGUGAAGAUGGAGACGGCGCUUUACAUCACGCAGCAUUUAGUAGUCAACCGGCAGUAGUUGAACUUUUCCUUGAACUAGGUAUCAGCCCAAACAUCAUCGGCAAAUAUGGGGAAACACCGCUGCAUAAAGCCACCAGAUAUUUCCUACCUUGGCAGGUGAACAAUGAAGGCAUGGUUAGGAUUCUCUUAGACAAGGGCGCUAACACCGAAGCCAAGAACAUGGAUGGAGAAACUCCACUGCAUCGAGCUGCAAAAAGGGGUUACGAGAUACAAACAAACCUUUUAUUAGAUGGUGGGGCUAAUAUCGAGGCUAGAGGGGACAACCACGACCAGACCCCAUUAUGCCUAGCUGCUUCGUAUGGCUCAGAGUCGACCACGCCAUUACACUUAGCAGCUAUGAAUGGUCACGAUAUGGUGGUUACGAUGCUCCUGAAUAAUAGCGCCAAUAUCAAUGGCAGUGAUCGAUCAGGUUACACCCCGCUAUCCUGGGCCGCAUGGGGCGGCCAUGAGAAGGUACUUAACCUGCUCUUGGAUAGGGGUGCUAAUCCUGAACUUCUCAGCACCGAACCACAACAGUUGCCCUUAGUGGAGGCUGAGGGUGGCCAUGAUGGGGCUUCACUCAAACACGGGAGCGUAUUUAUAAGUACGGGGUGUACUCUCGCGUACGCUGGCGUACGCUGGUGUGUCUUUGAGUCCGGGGGCGUACGCCAGCGUGUCUCCGACCGAGUACGGAGGCGUACCCGGCGUGCCCCUGAGUAUGGGGUGGUAUGCCAGCAUGCCCCUGAGUAUGGGGUGGUGCACCGGCGUGUCUAUCGGGCUGUGACAAAGACCAUCGGUUGGAUUAUAAACGCAAAACGAAUCCUGACGGUCGCUGAGCUAGAACAGGUGCUCGCGGUCGAGAUUGAAACGAGCGAAUUUGACGAGACGAACAUCACUGACAUCGAACAAUUGACUUCAUACUGCUGUGGUCUAGUUAUUGUCGACGAGCAAACGAGUAAUGUGGCGCUUGUCCACUAUACCACCCAGAAGUACUUUGAGGGCACCUGGAAGACGUGGUUCCCUAAUAUUCACGAGCUAAUAACGGACAGUUGUUUGACAUACAUAUCAUACAAUGUGUUUGAGGAUCAAUUCGAAACUGAAGCUAAGAUUGAAGAUAUUCCUCGCGAAUACCCCUUCUAUAAUUACUCAUCCUACAAUUGGGGACAUCAUUUCCGAGAUGGGCCUGAGAUUGGAUCUAAUGCUCUGAAGUUUCUUCAGAGUCAGGCUAAAAUAUCUGCAUAUGAUCGCUGUGGAUUUGAACCGUUUACUGGCAUUGAGGAAUGCGGGAUAAAAACAAGUGAUAUAAAGGCAGAGCCCAUUGCAGCAUUUUUCAAUCUUGAGAAUUUGAUGCAAGAACUCUACAGCGUCCAAAACAAGGAUAACUUUGCUACCUUUUGGGCAGAGUUCCAGAGACUCACUGUUGAACUGGAUUACUCAGAGGAGACCCUCAUUGAUGACCUCUGCCAUAAGGUUAAUACGAAGAUGCAGACUGCUUUAAUAGCAGAGAUAAAUCCAAGCUCUCUCCAUGCCUUUGCACAAAAGUGCUUACUGAUUGAUCAGAAUAUCCAGCAACUUCAAAUCCAAGAUGCUCGCACUGUCCCUCAAGUUAUUCAGCAAGCCUUUAAGCCACAAGACUUUCACAGUAAGGCUAAGCAGCCUACUACAAACCCACCUGCUGGCUUUAGACCACCAAGACUAUAUCGUGCACCACAUCAGAACCCUGCAACUGAGAACUUAAUGCAGGAAGGCCGCUGCUUCCAUUGCCAGCAAACUGGACACCGAGCUUAUGAAUGUCCUACCAAGAAUGCUCAAGUCCACGAAGUUAGCACUUAUGAUGCUCCACUUUCGGGAAAAGAAUAA